AUGCCGGGAACCCGUCCGCGCGCGGUGCCCGUGGUCCGGCAUCCGCGUGGGUCUCCGGAGGGCCGGGACGUGGAGCUCGGAGCCGUGGCCCGUGACCUGUCGUGCGGUAUAGCUGACAUGUCAUUUGAGGAACUGUUGAAAUUGCAGAGCCAAGUGGGAACCAAAACAUACAAACAAUUGUUAGCUGGAAACACUUUGGAAGUCAUCUUCCUAUCUAACUACACCCUGCCUGCCACACUGAUGGUGGUGGUGGGCAGCUCUUUUAUUUCGCUUGUGAAAAAACAGUUGAAGAAGCGCCUUUCAGGGGAGGAACAUGAGAAACUGCAGCAGCUGCUUCAGAGAAUGGAACAGCAAGAAAUGGCACAGCAGGAAAGAAAGCGGCAGCAGGAGCUUCGCCUGGCCCUGAAGCAGGAGCGGCGGACUCAAGCCCAGCAGGGUCAUCGACCAUACUUCCUGAAGAAAUCUGAACAGCGUCAGUUGGUCCUAGCUGAGAAGUUCAAGGAGCUGAAGCGCAGCAAGAAGCUGGAGAGUUUCUUGAGUCGAAAGAGGCACCGAAAUGCAGGCAAGGACAAGAGACAUCUCCCUUUGAGCAGAGAAUAUUGAAGAACUGUCAUCUGUCUGCACUGCCUAGGGAGACAAGGGCCUGUGGAGACAUGGAUCUCUGGGCUCAUUCUCCUGGUUCUUUGCUGUUCAAGGGCAAGGAAAGAUCACAUCCAAUCUUGAACUCAGAAGAUUAGGGCUCUUGGACUCCCCCUAGAGCAGGACAAGAAUAGCUCAGCUUUCUGCUACAUCACACUGCCUGUAUUUGAAUUUGGUUCAUUAUGUCGUCCUGCCUUUCUUCCAUCCUAGUCUUAAACCAGUGAUUCUGGUACCGAAGAAAUGGGACCAUGAAGUCUGUGGCUAUAGGGCUGGGACUUUAUAUAGGAAUCAUUUCAUAAACAUCUGUUAUUUUUCAUUAUUUUCCUGUUUUGUAGAACUCUUUUAGUGGGCCACACUUACAAGGAUAAACAACCAACCCUACACCUUCCACAAGUGAAAAGUCAGAUCAGAGACUCUUCCUACUUAAAUCUGGGUCCUGAAAAGAUGACAGUUAUUUAAAGGGUCAGCCACUCCCACAGAACUACGUGGUUUUGAUUGUAAGAGGAAAUAGGAGGUAGGGACAUAAAGCUUUGCUCAACUGGGCACAGUGGCACAUGCCUAUAAUCCCAACAACUGGGGAGGCUGAGGUUUGAGGAUCACAAGUUCAAAGC